AUAUCAUUUAGAUAUCGAUCAUUCAUAGUCUUGGAGCUAUUUGCGACCUUCAGACUUCACAGUUAUCCCCCCUACAUGUGCAGUGCUGGGACUACCCCGGGAGUGGCCCAGAUUGUGUCAUAGUCUUAUCUCUCCCGCGCAGAGUUCUCUCUCCUCCAACACCCCGAGUCACACAAAAUGACGGUACUCACCAUGGGACACGAGUCUAUACCCCUGACAGCCCGCGAAGCUGCAUCCGGUCUAUUGGGAUCAGUGUCCAUGACCUGCUGGAUUUUCCUCCUGGUCCCCCAGCUAAUUGAAAACUACCGCAAUGGCAACGCCGAAGCCAUCUCUCUCCUCUUCGUCUUCGUCUGGUUCGUCGGUGACGUCGCAAACCUCGCAGGCGGUCUCCUAGCAGGUCUCGUCCCCGUGAUCGUCGCUAUCGCAGUCUACUUCUGCAUCGCAGACGGCGUGCUCAUAGCACAAUGUCUAUACUAUAAGGCGCGCAACUCCCGUCGCGGAAUUGUUCACCGCCGACGCUCGUCCACCGAGACCCCGGACCCUACUACCCCGCUCUUGGGCCGGCGCUUCAGUGAUUCACUUGGACCUAAUGAGUCGCGGCGUCGGUCUUCUGGAUCGCUGCGUGGUCGUCAGGUUAUUGGCCGGCGCGAGAGCCAGGUUGAAGAUACCUUGGCCAAAAUAGUUGAGGAGAAUGACUACGGCCGUAAGGCGUGGAUUAAGAAUUUUGCAAGCGUUAUUGGUAUUUUCCUUAUUGGUAUGGCCGGUUGGACUAUUGCCUGGCAAACAGGCAUGUGGGCGCCGGCGCCGCAGGAGAAUCACAAUGGUCCUGAGGAGGCUACUAGUGGCUUGGUGCUAGGUUAUUUCAGCGCUGUCUGUUAUCUGGGAGCGAGACUGCCUCAGAUCUACAAAAACUACAGCGAAAAGUCUUGUGAAGGUCUAUCACUCUUAUUCUUCAUUCUCUCUCUCCUGGGCAACUUGACAUAUGGCGCAGGCAUCCUCUGCCAUUCUACAGAGAAGGAAUACUUCCUCACAAACCUCCCAUGGCUGAUUGGUUCCUUGGGAACAAUGGUCGAAGAUGUGGUCAUCUUCAUUCAAUUCCGUAUCUACGCCCCCCAGGACCUGCGUCAGUCGGCGGUUUCAUAGUUCUGGACUUUUGUAUGUUGGUUUCUUUUUCUUUCAACCAUAGCGACGCUGUCUGAUAAUAUACUGUCAAAUGCGAAAUCGAAUUUUGUGCCAUUCAGCUUUGGAUGUGAAUUAUUUACCUGGAUUCAAUGGUGUUAGACCGAGAUGGCCG